GUCGACGAGCUGCUAAAAGCGAAAAGGCGCCAAAAAAAAAAAAAAAAGUGACAGGCGAAGGGUGUGGCGUUAAUUUUAAACGGACGGCCGUUCUUUUUGAUGCUUUGAGUCAAAAAAAUGGCUGAAUAUUCUAGGAGCGAACCAGACGAGCCGGACGUCAUGUGGGGACCGGACAAGAACACCAAAGUAAGCGAGGGAGCGGGGUUCAGGUUCGACGACGAGCAAGACACAUUCGACAAGAGGCCCUUGCGCUUCGCGCGUCUGAAGGCAUUUCAAGUGUAUCUCUGGCAUCAAGUGGCGUUCGCGACGCACAUAAUUCGCUACAUUCAGAGAUGGAGAUCCCCAUGGAGAGACGCCUAUUUUGUCGUUUACUCGCUACUUGGCGAGAGAGCGCUUUAUAACUGUCUUUUGCCAUAUUUGAUUUGGCAGGUGGAUCCAGAGUUCGGGAGUCUCUACUUGCUACUUUUGACGCUCGGUACAACGCUGGGUAAUUUCUUGAAAAACUUUUUCGCCCUCCCGAGACCGCCUCCCACGGCACUGUGGGUACAUAAGAGAUUGGAAGAUUAUGGCAUACCCUCUACACACACGACCAACGCCGUAAACAUGUCCCUGUUUAUCACGUACUGGUUUUGGGAGCCGAUCGUCGAGCGCAGACUUCAGUACUUGGCCGUAGUCGUAAUCACUUGGUACAUCAUCAGCAUGGUUUUGUCCAGAAUGUAUUUGGGCGCACAUUCCCAUGUGGACGUCAUAGCCGGGCUUUUGAUAGGCGCUACCUUUUUUUCUGUCUGGAUCAAAACACAUCGCUCUUUUAGCACUUUUUUGUCGGAGAGUUGGUACUCUCCCUUUGUCGUUCUACUGGUGUUUACAGUAAUUCUUCUUAUUCAUCCUAGAUCCGUGCGUCCCAGCCCGUCGCACAAAAACUCGGCGGCCCUGCUAUGUCUGGCCUAUGGCGUCGUGCUCGGCAUGAACAGACACGUUCGGCGGUACAGUAACUUUUUUUGGCAACGGUUUUUUACUAGUGAAAUUUGUACUGGAGAGUUAGCCAAAUUCAUCGCUCGCACGGUCUCCGCGCGGCUUCUCCGGUUCGCGCUUUCGCUCAGCACGACCGCGGUCGGUUUGGUGGUAGUGUUCGCCAUUUACAGCUUGUCAAGACUACUGCUUUAUCUCUUGUUCGCCUGCCUAUUCCGGUGGACAGCCGCUCGUGAGAUCUGGAGCCGCCUGAAAUAUGCUCACAAGAAGUGCUCCAUCCCCUCCUUCGCACCUUUAGAUAAUUUCGACCAUCCGCAGUGGCAGUCUCAGCGUCGACUCGACCCGAUCGUGGAUAGCAGUGUGCACAAGGACACGAAGCUCGUCAGUGGUUGUGCAGCGAUCAUUGUGGCCGGAUACGUGUUGACGUACUUCGCUCCUCUCUGCCUGAAUUGCCUCGGCCUUUUAGGGAAGUAUUGUUCAAGGGGUUUUCUUGUUGUCUGAUGUACAUACGCUUCUUCUGGGCCUUUCUAGACUGAGAAGUGCAAUGGACAAAAAAAAAAAAAAAGUAC